AGGAGAGCACAGGGGGAUGUGUCAAGUCAGUGCUUUCUGAAAGUUUGAACUGAACUGCAGACACACGCGGACAAGCAAAUACCACGGAGAACACACACACGCAGACAAGCAAAUACCACGGAGAACACACACACGCAGGGACACUCGUCAUCCACAUACACAGUCUGACCCUAACACACACACAGAUGGACGGACAGAGCUGAAAGUUUAAGCUUGCAUACAGACACCCACACUCAGAAACACACACGAGUGCUGAAUUACGGUCAGGAUGAGUGGCGUGUCUGAGACUGCUGUGGUCAGUAGACCCUCGACUACCAUGAAGCGACACAAGAGUGUCAGGAAGAACUCCAGGCGGAUUUACUCAUCUUAUCAAGACAACCAGCCAGGCCAAUCAGAUGAGGAGGGCAAGGAGGAUGAGCAUGCGGACAGCAACGACCCAGAGCAGAUGUUCCAGAACAUCCAGUUUCAGAAGGAGCUCAUCGCCAACAUACGCACCCGAGCCUGGCCUAUGAGACGCAAGCUCAAAGCCCUCAAGCAGGCCAGAGAGAUUGUCCUGAAGUACGAGGGGAGGCUAACAAGGACCAGAGGGUACCAGGCUGCUGGGGCUGAUCUGCUGAAGAAGGUCUCCAGGCUGCUGUACAACGUCGUGGUUCUGUUUAUUCCCUGGGAGAUGAGGAUCAAGAAAAUAGAAAGUCACUUUGGGUCAGGGGUGGCCUCCUACUUCAUCUUCCUCAGAUGGCUGUUUGGUAUCAACAUAGUCCUUACUGUCAUGACUGGAGCAUUCAUAGUCAUACCUGAGCUCCUGGCCGGAGAGCCGUUCGGAACAACCCGGAGUAAGACCAUUCCCAAGGAGCACCUGGCCUCAGCCCAGGAUCUGGACACAAUCUGGAUGGCUAAGAACUCCCGUCUGAGCCUAGCCAGUGCCUCUGACGAGAACUUCACCUUCUGCUGGAGAGUGUUCUGUGCCUGGGACUACCUCAUAGGGAACCCUGAGGCUGCAGAGAGCAAGGGAGCCGCUAUCGUCAACAACAUCAGGGAGGCCAUUGUUGAGGAGCAGGAGAAAAAGAAGGAUACUAGUCUAGCAGUCCUGAUCAGUCUGCGUAUCCUAGCCAACAUCCUGGUCCUUCUCUCUCUGGCUGGCAGCAUUUAUAUAAUCUACUUUGUGGUGGACCGCUCCCAGAAACUAGAGCUGGAGAAGCCAGAGCUAACACUAUGGGAGAAGAAUGAGGUGAGUGUGGUGGUGUCCCUCAUCACCAUGAUUGCCCCGUCUGCCUUUGAGCUGGUGGCUCAGCUGGAGAUGUACCAUCCUAGGACCUCCCUCCGCUUCCAGCUGGCCAGAGUCCUGGUGUUAUAUCUGGGUAACCUGUACAGCCUCAUCAUUGCCCUUCUGGACAAGGUCAACAGUAUGAGUAUGGCGUCAGCUGCUGCAGCUGCGGCGGCCUCUGUGAUUUCGGGGAACUUGUCUGACUCCACGGCAUUCAUGGCGACCAUCUCCCAGCCGGGGGAGACGAACCUCUUCACCCUCGUAUCCGACAUCUCCAUCUCUGAAAACCACAACAGCACCAUAGCGACCAUUGCCAUGGUGCUGGAUGUCAACACCAGCAUCAGCACCAGCAAGGUCACCAUGGCAACCAUGUACAACCACACUGGGAUGUUUGAGCAGAACAAGCAGAAGAAACCGGACGAGUGCUGGGAGACCUACGUUGGACAGGAGAUGUUGAAGCUGUCUAUCAUCGAUAUGAUCUUCACGGUGGCCAGUAUCCUGUUGAUAGACUUCAUCAGAGGGCUGGUGGUCAGGUACCUGAGUGACUGCUGCUGUUGGGACCUGGAGAGCAAGUUUCCUGAGUAUGGGGAAUUCAAGAUAGCUGAGAAUGUACUCCACCUGAUAUAUAACCAAGGAAUGAUCUGGAUGGGUUCGUUCUUCUCUCCCUGUCUGCCUGCCUUUAACGUGUUGAAGCUGAUAGGCUUGAUGUACCUGAGGAGUUGGGCUGUGCUCACCUGUAACGUCCCUCACCAACAGGUGUUCAGAGCAUCCAGAUCAAAUAAUUUCUACCUGGCUAUGCUGUUGUUCAUGCUUUUUCUGUGUAUGCUGCCCACCAUCUUUGCCAUAGUGAGAUACAGACCUUCCCAACACUGCGGGCCAUUUAGCGGUCAGGAGAAGAUUUAUGACAUCAUCUCAGAGACGAUAGCCAAUGACUUCCCGCUGUGGUUCAGUAAAGUGAUGAGUUACGUCACCAGCCCUGUUGUAGCGCUGCCCGCUCUGCUGCUGCUGUUCAUGCUGAUCUACUACCUUCAGGCCAUUGCCAGAUCCCUUAAAUUCACCAACAACCAGCUGAGGAUGCAGCUUCAGACUGAGAGAACAGAAGACAAGAAGAAGGUAUUACAGCUGGCUUCAGCGAGGCUACAGGCCCCAGAGGUCCCCGGGGGGGACAGGAAGCCUGACCAGCAGGAUGGUGACAUCACCAGCCGCGAGUCGUCCAUUCGCACGCCGUCGCCACGACCCAACGGCAGUGUCACAAACUUCCAGUCGCCCGAUCGUCGCGGCAACGGCAUCCGCACCAUCACCCAGUCGGCAUCGAGGGCCGAGACCGCUAGGGCGACAUUUGCUGCUGGGGCGUCUAGAAGUCCAACAGUGUCCAUAAUUCACAAGCAAAGGCCGGAGAACAUCCCUAACAGACACCCUUCCUACCUGGGAGGCCCUAGCGGUACCUGCAGGUCCAAGUCCUACCACCAUGUGGCGUACAACCCCCCGACACGCUACUCCUCAGAGAACAUCCACUCCGACCCACUCUACAGGAAGACCAUCAGGCCCAUGCACUCCGCAGAGGCAGCUGGGAUAGUGACCGCCCAGAGCUAUGUGGGCCGUCGCCCCUACACCAUGCGCUACGUCAUCGUCAACGAGCACGAAGCUAGGAAAAAGUUGCUUCGAUCAGCCACACGCGUCCCUCGCCACUUCCGAGCGGAGGACCCGGUGGGUGAAAUCGUAGAGCUGAUCCCGCGGAAUAUCAAGCGGUAUACUCCAAGGGCGCCGCAUCUGCAUGGGCACCCACAUAGGUCGAAUCCGGCGCAGUCACACCUGAGUGAUGAAGAGCAGGAGGAAGAGGCAGGGGGGAAGAGGGAGUCUAGGAGGGGGUCGUUCGGGCAGACUCACCGGCCCCGCUCACUCUCCGACCUCCACCAGCCGGCUCGCUUCUACAUCGGAGAGCGCCUGGAGACCAAGCUGUCUAUGGCGUCAAAAGACAGCCACACUGCUAGGGGGCGCUACGGCGGUGAAGCCCAAAAAGGGGACUGGGAGGAUAUGGAGACGCGCUUGCACUCCCUCUCCCAGACCAGCAUCAGAGGAGCGGAGCUUCCACCACCAAUCAGGCACACACAGUCCCCAGCCAGACACCCCCACUCCCCGAGCAGACUUGUACACUCACCCCCCCAGGGCCCUGGAAGACGCCUGGAGCCACAGGUCAAGCCCAAGACAUCCAGGUCCAAGCUGGAGCCUUCCCUGACUGAGUCGGACUCGGCCUCUCUGGCCUCCAGUAGCGACCAGCAGAACAGCAGCACAGACCAGUACAUCCAGGUCAUUCACAACAAGGAGAAGUAUCUCAAGUCUGAGGCAAGGCAAGGCAAGCUGGCUAAGAAGAAGUCCAAAGCCAGUAUAGAUCUCAAUGUGUCUGGGUCCAAAGACCUGGUCUGCUCCAACGUGUAGUUGGUGUAUUUGUAUUGUGAAUAUAUCUAGGUUUAUUUAACCUUUAUUAAUCCAUGUAAGUUAUUGACAGUAGUGUAAAGUACUUAAGUAAAAAAUACUUUAAAGUACUACCUAAGCAGUUUUUUGGGGUAUAUGUACUUUACUUUUAGUCUACUAUAUUCCUAAAGAAAAUAAUGUGCUUUUUACUCCUUACAUUUUCCCUGACACCCAAAAGUACUAGUUACAUUUUGAAUGCUUAGCAGGACAGGAAAA